AUGACUACACCGGAUGAUGUCAGUGAUUGGAGACGUAUGAGUGCAUACUUCGAGAAUGCAACGCCCAUCUGGGUCCCUGGUUCUCAAUCAGGCUACCAUGCCUUAACAUUUGGAUUUCUUGUGGAUCAGAUUGUUCGACGAAUCGAUCGAUAUCACCGCGGUUUAACGGACUUUCUGAACGAGAUCUCUCGCGAUUACGGUAAUCCAGUUUCUCUUUUGAUGUUAAGAAUCGUUGACCUGUCAAUCGGUCUACAUCAUCCAGACGAUAACGAACGGGUAGCUUUGCUACAGUACCCUGGUGACCUGCAAAUUGAGUCCGAAGCACGGCGGGACCCUGAGACGUGGCGGCGAUGGUGCGCUGGUGAUAAUGACCAUCAUAAACGGCUCUAUGAGACGUGGCCAUGGAUCACUACCGAUGACUACAAUCUGUUCGAGAAUCGCCUUCUGCCAAUGCCAUCUAAUAUGGGAAUUGGUAACGCUCGAUCUCUGGCACAUUUCCACUCGUUGAUUGCUGAGCGGAAGAUUCUCAGCGAUGCUUUCUAUAAGAAUUUGGAGCGACCAGUUCUGGAAAACGAAUUUGACCACGUGAUCGGCUAUGAGGAAAGCAAGGGCUACGGAUUUCAAUUCACGAAAAAUCCCAAGGGUGAAUGGAUCUUUGGACAUUCGGGAUUUGGCGGACAAAACGUGCGAGUCGACAUGCAUAAUGGUCUCUCCUAUGCCUACCUGUGCAAUGGCCUGAAGAUCUCAGACGCCGAUCUCGUAGAGCCGUGGAAACGACUCGUUGAUAAAUUGUAUUCACUUCUAUGA